AUGGCUCAUCGCCUUGAUCCCGCCUUCGAGAAGGCCAUCUCGCCUCCUUCGGACAAUGAUCCAGUUGAUUCGUUCCAGGUCUCUCCCACCUCGUCUGAGGCCACUCGCGUUGCCAUGUACUCCACCGACGAGGGAGCUUCCAACGCUGCCAAGGGCAAGGGUCGUGCCGUCGACCUCCCCAACGGCUUCGCUGACGCUUCUUCCGGUACCGCUACUGUUCAAACGCGUUUCUACCGUCACGUCGAAGAGGAUCCCUUCGCGGGACCGUCGACUGUCCCCGGACAGUCUAACAACGUCGGUCUUUCGCCCAUGGCCUCGGCUUUUCAGCCCACUCCCACCUUUUCCCAGCGUGAUGAUUUUCUCAGCACUGACCUGGGAAUCUCUCGUCUGAUCGAGGUCUCUGGCGAGGGUGUCACCGUCACCGUCGCUGAAGUCGGAAGCUUCCUUACCGAAAAGGCCAAGGAAGAUGGAGUCCAGCUCCAUGGCGGUCGAACCCUUUCGACCACUGAAUGCAAGGUGUAUGUCAGCUUCGAGGACCUGCGCGACGCUGGCUGGGCCUCUACCGCCCUUCGUCAGCGACACGGGUGGACCAACGGUUUUCUUCACGGAAACAUGACCGAGAACGGCUACGAAUAUGCCGGCGAUCAGCGACUGACUCACCUGGGUCAAGUUGCCAUUUACGCCUCUCCCCCUUUCGGUGCUGCCGCCGAUCAUGCCCAGGUUGUUGAGGUAGCCAAGGCCAUCCUGAAUGCGCAUGGCCAGCUGUUUGGACUCGUCAAGCAGCUCGGGUAUACUGAUGGAUCUUUCCGAGCCAUCGGCCAGUUUUGCAAGGUCGCGGACGCCAUCAACGCUGUUCGAACUUUCAACGGUGUCACUCCGCACGGACUCCACCUGGAGGUUACCGCGCCUAUUGGGCCCAAGCCCAAUGGUGGAAACGAUCCCGCCAUGCAUGGACUCGCUCUUGUCCAUGUCGCCAACCGCCAACAGGGAGCUGGAGGUGGAAACCGCGCUGCUCAUGCUCCCUACCUCAUCCCAACUGCUCCGGCCAGCAUGCAGUAUGGGAUGCAGGGCAUGCACCUUGUCGGUCCUGUUUACCAGGCUCCUCCCUCGCCUGCUAUGACUUCUCGUCAUGGUGCCAACAUCCACUCGCCUUCCCGUUACCGCAACGGGAACCAUUAUAACUACAAUCACGCGUAUCAUAAUGGAAUGCUCACGCGAUGGGAUCCUCGUCGUCAGCCUCGUCCCCACCGCUCUGGUCGUAACGCUAACAGCACGAACCAUGUUGACCUCCAGGAAGUCAUCUCUGGUCGCGACUGUCGCACGACCAUCAUGCUGCGCAACAUUCCCAACAAGGUCGAUCAGCCCAUGCUCAAGCGUUUCGUUGAUGAGUCGAGCUUUGGGAAAUACGAUUUCAUGUAUUUGAGAAUCGAUUUCGCGAAUGACUGCAAUGUCGGAUAUGCAUUCAUCAAUUUCGCCAAGGCGGAGUACAUCAUUCCUUUUGUUGAGCACCGCGCCAACAAGCGCUGGAACCUUUUCCGUUCCGACAAGGUGGCUGAGGUGUCUUAUGCCACCAUUCAAGGCAAGGACUGCCUUGUUCAGAAGUUCAGAAACUCGUCGGUGAUGUUGGAGGCGGAACACUACCGUCCUAAGUUGUUCUACACUGAGCAUUGCGAGGAUCAGCAGUUGAUUGGCCGUGAGGAGCCGUUCCCCGGUCCUGACAACCACUCUAAGAUGAAGCGAUCUUGCGAGAAUGCUGAGCAUGUCGGGCUCUUCACUCCCAACGCUGGCCAGCACUACCGCGACGAGCAGCGCCGUCGUCGCUCUCAGUACGACCGGGGUACUCGUCUCGCCGUCUUGGAGGAGAUGCACGAGACUACCAUCGGGCCUUACUACGCCCGCGACCUCAACAUGCGUCGUUGA